UUUAUGGUCAUAAUUUUUGUUUAUGCGUCUCAGACGCGUCACGAUCGUGUUGUUUGGAUCACAAUGUAUUAAAAUUAAAAUAUUUAUAUAUUUAUCAAUUAAAUAAAAGUGUAAAAUGUCUACUCCAGAGGAAGAUCCCUAUGAGAAUGUUUCAAGAGGAUCUCUGAAAUUGAAAGGAACAGAAAAUAUUAGUAAAAAGGUAUAUGAAACGUUACGUCUUGGUUCAGUUCCCUUGAGACGUAAUCCUGUGAAGAAGUAUAAGCGAGUUGGUAAAAAUAUACGAUCGAAUUAUGUUCAGAAAAAAGAAGAAGGAGAAGCAGAAGAAGAAACUCGUGGAGGUUACAAAAAUAAUAGAAGACGAAAGACUGGAAGAAAAUGUUACGGUUCCAAAACAUACGAAGGCCGAAAUGGCGUUUAAAAAAAUGCAAGAAAAAAUGCAAACUGAGAGAAUAAAGCAAAAGGCAUCUUUAACUCACAAGCAAAGAGUCGAAGAAUUUAAUCGUCAUUUGGAUGGUUUAACUGAGCACUUUGACAUUCCUAAAGUCAGUUGGACGAAAUGAGGAAGGCACUGUUAUUUAUAUAAAAUUAUCAUCAUAUUCGAAUUACUCUCAGUGUUCUAUAAAAUCUGUUUAUUUAUUAGAAAUAGUAAUUCACACGAUAGAAUUUAUUUUCAAGGUUUAAUUCUAUCAUGUUUUCUGAUACUGUACAAAAUGAAAACAUUAGAAUAAAUUAAAUGAAAUAUGAAUAAAUUAAA